UCGUAAAGUUAGUGGUAAAUAAGAAAGAAAAGUAAUUUGGGUGGCAAACAUGAAAGAUUUGUAUAAUUUGAGUGAUCAAACAUGUAAUUUAGAAAUUUGUCUCCAAAACGCUGCGUUUCCCCGAAGUGAUUAAUUUAUAAUUAUUAGGGAAUUGUCUCGUUUUCACCGUCUUCGUCCCUGUCUCCGGUGCGGCAGCGAACGACACCACGAAAGAAUGACCGGCGAUUGGGAAUUGCCUCGUCUCUGCCGUCUGGUCGAGGAGCUCCUUCGUCCUUACUUCGAGCCGGCCGUAGGUUCUGUCUCUUUAACCAGAGAAAAGGAGAAGAAUCUUCUGAUUGCGCUCUCUAAGGUUUACAGAGAGAUUCAGGUCUGGAUUCGUGAAAUGGAGGUUGUUUCCGAUGAAGAGACCACGAGUUCUGAGUGUUCAUUGGAGGUUGUACACGAGGAGCAUAAGUGUUUGAUGAAAGUCCUAGCUGACUUGAUUCUUCUACUUACAGUUGACAGUCAGUACGUACAACAUUCAGUUGGAAAGAUUGUUGUGGCCGUUUCUGAGCUCCUGGCUCCAUCUGUCAGAAGCUGGGACUCUUUGGUUCAUUCGCUCUGGAUUUCCCUGGAAUUGAUAGUCAAACACGUGUUGUCCUGUUCUGCAAUUUCAAAUGCUGGCGACGAUUUACAUUUUGGAACCUCAAGUUUAAUGGUCUUAAAUCGUUAUCUGGGAAACGCAGACUGGUCCACUGCAGCUCAUAUAAUCCAAAUCUUGCGGAAUAUACUGAAAAGUUUGAAGGAAGAGUCUGAUGAUCAGCUUCUUCAAGUUUACGAAAAAUAUGUCAAUCCCUUUCUGUCAAAUGUGCCCUGGGAUCGAAUGGACGAGUGCUGUACAAAAGAGCCAAAAGUUGUGUUCUUGGGGAGUUUGAUCGCAUUCCUUUGCUCAUUGGUUGAGCAAACCGUAGCUCCAGAAUCCAAAGUCCAUCUCCAAGAUAAACAUCCAACUCUUCCCAUAGUUAUUAAACUUGUGCCUAAACUUUUUCGUUGGUGCCUUGGCAAGGCAGAAAAUAGGGUCAAACAGUCCACCUUUCAGUAUUUCACUCACAAAUUGCUGAUGUUACUGCUGAGGCUUAGUUAUGGUUAUGGAACUCAUAUAAGUUGCACCACACUUGUCUCCUGGUUGCAACUUCUCCAUGAUUACUUUGAAGAGCUACUUUUGAAACCCAUGUCUAGGGUUAAGACUUGUCAAAAUGAUUGCCUAGAAGGCUCCCCGUUUCUAUCUAGCUUCUCUGAGGGAGAAGCACAACAUAUGAGGCAUUCCCUUCAUUCUCAAAGGCAGGCCGUACUCCUAUUUCUUAGGUGCUGCUUCAGUUUGAUCAGCUCGACAGGAGAGAAUACUAAGCAACUUCCUGCAGCUCAUAAGUCUCUCUCGGCUGUCAACAUGGUCUCUGACCCUGAUUUUUCUAGUAGAAGUAAAGGAUUUAUUGAUCUCUACAAAUGGUUCCAAGCCCACCUCCGAGAUAGCUUCUUAUGUGGAAAGGAAAUGCAUGUGGACAAGUGUAUACUUUUUGCAAGAUCUUUUCUCCAGCUAUACUUGCAUGAGGAUGACUUAUUGUUUAAGGUUCUCCUGCAGUUGGUUACUGCAUCGUCUUGUUUGGAGCAGCACUUAGUGGGAGAGAAACAACCAUAUCAGGAUGCAGAAGAGGAUAUUGGAUUUCUAGUUUCAAAUGCUUUCAGUCCAGUGAACUUAUUCCAUCUAUUCCUCUCAGAGUUGCACUAUGAUCAUCAAGUUCUGCUUGAUUAUCUUAUUUCCAAGGAUCUUGGAAUAAGUUGUGCAGAGUAUCUAUUGAGGUGUUUAAGAAUUACUUGCAGUGCGUGGCAUUUAUUCAUAGAGUUCUCUGUUGAAGGAAAUGCUAUGGAUAGUUUAUCUCAAAAAAAGCAAAAAAUCUUGGAAGAUGGUCCUGACUUCCAGGCAGACCAAUCCUCUGGAUCGCCAACCAUGGACACUUCUCCCUCUCUUAAUGAUAAAGUGAAGAUACAUACUGACAGUAGUUAUAAGCAAAACAAAUGCAGAAGGCUUGCAUUCAUCGAGGCGAAAGAUUGUCUGCUAUCUUUGAAAGUUUCUAUAGAAAAUCUUCACCGGAAGAAUCUGUUUCCAUAUAACCCUAAAGCUCUCUUACAACGGUUGUCAAAAUUUGAGGAACUCUGCAGCAAUCAUGAUGACUUUUCCUAGACUACUUGCUUAGAGAGAACUAUAUUUUCCUGCUGAAGGAGAUAUUGUUAUAAUAAGGUGCUAGAGUUUCACUCGAUAUUCCAAGGUGUGGCUCCAAGUAACCUUGAAGGUUCUCCCAUUCUUCAACCUUAAUAGCCUAUGUUUAUGGACGAAAAAUCAAAAUUUUCGAACCAUGUUCCUGCCUCUUGCAGGCAUCCAUCAUACAAACUUGCAGAAGUUGCAUAAUUUUCUCCGACUGAGUGGGACUGGCCGCACUGUUGGACCUGAUUGGUGCUCCUAUUGAUAGUCGAUAGAAUUUUCUGGUUGCCGAUUGGACUCCGCCAUUGACUUUUUCAAGUCCCAGGAGCUAGUUCUGGACUUCUGGUACUGAGGCUCUUUUUUUUUUGGAGGAACAGGUACUGAGGUUCAGGAAUUGCCUAACUUUGCUCUGGAAAUUUCCUCAGCUUUUAAGUUAGUUGUCUUGAACUUCCCCACUAUUUCAGCGUUUCCUGUCACUUCAAAGGUCAUGUUAGCAUGGCCCAACGAGUAGGCAGGUUAGGCAGUAAUUCAAAUUGUAGUUAUUACGAGUUGGGUCAUUUUGGAUAGUCUUGGCAUCCGAAGGAUCUAUUGUUUGACAGGAUGGACGUUUGGCUUUAUUAGUUGAAGCUUUUUUUUUCAGCCAAAGGACAAAGUGGGUUAUCUUGUGAUGGUUUGGAAGUUUGUGGCCGCGUAGCAUCAUCCCAAGGACAAAGGAAAUAUCAUUAUUUGAGAGGAAGUUCAUUUCGUGCUGGUCCAUGGAGCUUGCCAUGGAGCUUGGUGUUGGUACAAGGUUGUUCCUUUACUGAAACAAGCUGGCUACAAAGUGACGGCUCUCGACUUGGCCGCUUCUGGGAUCCAUCCAAAGCAGGUUACCGAGCUGGGUUCGGUCUCGGACUACCUGGCGGCUGGCGCCACUUAUGGAGUUGAUGACUUCCUUAACAGGAGAAGAAGAGAAGGUGAUCUUAGUUGGACAUAGUAUGGGUGGUGUUGGGAUAUCUGCUGCAAUGGAAAAAUUUGCAGAGAAAGUAGCUGUUGCGGUGUUUGUAGCGGCCAUGAUGCCAGCUCCUCAUCCUGGUGUCAGCUAUUCUGUUACAAAAGAAGAGGUACUUUUCCCUUCUCCUUCUCGUUAUGGGUAAAUUGAUUUUUCAGUUUCACAUCGUAUUAGAGUCGUUAAUUAACGUUGGAUUUGAGUAAUAAAGUUACAAACUUUUA